AUGAAAGUGUUGCCUCAAGCCAUCCUGCAAAGCCCACUGGAGCAUCCCAGGUUCAUAGAGCAGACAGUUUGCCCCCCAUUAGACUUUGCAAGGAUUUAUUUGAUCACAGACAAGGAUGGCAUAGAUGAUUAUGUGGCGAAGAAUAUCAAAGGGCUGUCAAAACAAGAAGCUGCUGCGAACAGGAAUUCAUACAAGAAGAACAUCUGCAUAGACAUGCUGCGGCAGGGUUAUCACAAGUCCUUCUCCGAGCUCUUCACUCUGAUACAGAAGUGGAAUGCCUUGAGGGAGGCUGCAGGGCCUGGGUCAGCCAUAUGGCAGCAGAAAUCCCUGGAGGAGCAGCCUGAUAAGCUGGAUCAGCUUCACCACUUCCUGACCAGGGCUGAGGCAGCCCAGCGAGCAGGGCACUAUGAGGAGGUGUAUGAUAACCAGCUUAACUUGGCCUACUAUUUCAAUGACCCUGAGGACAAAUGGUUAAGAAAUUACUUUUAUGAGCAAUGUUUUAACACCGCUCAACUGGUGAAGAUUGAUGGUGGGAAAAGAGAGGCACAAGCCCAUGCAAAUAUGGGCCUCAUCAAUGAGGAACAAGGUCAUGUCAUGAAAGCUGCUGAACAUUAUGAAGCAUUUUAUCAGCUAACAGAGGGUUUGACGUGGAAGGAUGAGACAGGCCGUACUUACAAUUCACUGGCAUGUGAGCAUCUCUGGAGAAUUUAUACAAUACUAGCAGACAAAAUGUUAGAAAAUAAAGAACACCAACAGGCCAUCAAAACGCUAACGAAAUCUUUAAAACUGGCAAAAGAAGGCAGUGGUAUGAAGAUGGAAGGAGAAGCUGCAUAUUGCUUAAGCAUAGCAUAUAAUGCUGCUGGAGAACAACAGAAAGCAUUAUCAAUUUUGAACACUUCUAUAGAAAUCUUCACAGAACUUUGUGAUUCUGCUGGCCUAGGCAGAGCAUAUGCAGCAACAACUGAGAUCCUGGCAAGUCAGGGAAAAGUGGCUGAAACUAUGAAGUACUUGGGAGAGUUUAUGAAAACUGCUGAGAACGCUCAUCUAAGCCAAAGUCUGGUGGAUUCGUGUGUAUUACUUGGGAAUACUUACAAUGAAAGAGGGAACUAUAGUAAAGCUGUUGAAAAAUUUGUCCAGGCUUUUGAGGCAGCACAAAAGUUAAAAGAUUUGCCUUUAUUGGAUGAAACAAAGACUUACUGUGGCAUUGCGAAGGCUCAUGAGCUGAUGGUGGCAUUUAACAGCCUUAUAGAAGCAGAAGAUCCUGUUAGCCUCAAGUACCUGCUGGCAUGGAAGGAGAACAGAAGUGACAUGUGCACUGACCCUCUUACAGUUGAACUUGAUAAAAAAACAAGUGCUUCGAUGCUCCCGUGACCUCUUCCAGAGACACCAGUU